GCAGCCUUGGCCGUCUUCCUCUUUGUGAGGGACCUGGCCGAACUUGCAGGGACCUCGGUGGAGGUGCCGCUGCUUUUGUCUUACAUGAUGCUCGUCGUCGCGCUCAUCGUGGCGGCACUUUGGUUUCUGAUGCUGGCCUCACGCUGCUUUUCUCCGUGCUGCUGUUCGGAGUCCCUGUUCGAUGUGCCACAUCCCUGCCCGCUUGAGUGCACUUCGCGGAGCUCCAAAUGUUUGGACUACCCCUUCAUGACUGCUCUCGGGGGGGAACUGGGCACCCUUGUCCUGAUGUUGAUCACCGCUUUUGUAGCAGUGGUCCACAGUGACAGUUCCUGGCUGGAUGACUUCCUCUUGCCCCUAAGACUGCUUCGGCUCUGUUGGAUCAUCACCGCGAUCGUUGCUACGGUCCUGGCCGCGAAGAAGUACAGAAUUAUGCGAUUGCAGAUGUCCCGAGUAUCCGGUAUUCCGAUAUCCGGCGACUUACAACUGGAUCCAGGACCAGGAACUGUUGUAGUGGUGGGUCUGCCGGUGUCUCUCAGGCCUGCAGGGAUAGAUUCCGGAUGA